UUAGGUACAGUAGAAAAGAGCCAGUGCAGAUUGUUCCAAAGUCUUUAUUUAAACAGGGUGAAUUGUCAUUGUAACUGUGCAGCAGGGAUCACAGCGGCCUGUGUGUGUGAUCAAUAAUGUGAUUAAAGUGCAGUUAUUGGAACAUCUAGAUCAGACAGUCGAAAAAGAAACAAAGCAGGAAGUUCUCUUACAGUUGGUGAGGUGCUGCUAUGAAGAGGAGAUUUAAUCUGUCUGGAUUAUACUUGAUCUUGCAACUCACAUUUUGUUCUUUUUUGAAGUUCAUUAUCUUCACACAUUGACCUCCAAGAGUUUUGAUGAGAGCAUUUUUCUUUAAAACAACAGCUGCCGUAUUCCUUCACCUUCCACCACUUCCUGUAACAGAGAUGUCAGACAUUACCAGAAAGGAAACUUUUUAACAUUUUUCUGUCCUCACUUUGCUUGUGAGGUGAUUUACAAACAUUGAUUCAUGAACUAAAGCUGUAGGGCUGAGUUUAAACUGCACGUCCUGCAGGCAAAUCCGAUUCAAUCACAGGCUUUGUUCAGACUUGAUUAUUUUCAUAACCCCCGUUAAUCUGCCGAUAAUGUCCUCAAUUAACGAGUCUGUGUUUGAUUCAUAAAAUGUCAGAAAACAUAGAAAAGUGUUUCCCAAACCUUGUAAUUAACAGUCCAAAGAUCUGCACUGUUAAUUACAAGUGAAGGCCGUAGUCAUGUGAACAUAGUCCUAACUUUGUUGCUCAGGUUGUAGGACGCUGAGUUUAAACGUCACAGUGUCACACAGAAGACACUUAGGCUGCUGUUGGUCGGCAGAAGAAGAAGAAGACGCUCCUCAAAUCGUCUCCUCGCCACAGGCCAAAAGAAAAAGCUGUCCGGAUGAAUGGGUUUUUACUUUAUGGUGCUUCUGACCUUAAAGGAGCAAGUGGAGAGGAAAAUUAUGCAUCUCACUGGCCAACGUGUGUGUGUGUGACAGUGGUGAAGAUCAUGAAUCCUCUGGCCUCAGGCGCCACAGCUUGGGAAACAAGCUUCUUAUGUGAUCUCCUGACAUUGACUCUCUGUCGUCUUCUCUUGUUUUUCUCCCCUCGUUCACUUUCUUUGACCCUGGAAACUAUUCCUGUGCUUCUGGAAAUGCAUCGCAUUGAUCUGCGCAAAACAGCUCAACAAAAGAAUCUGGAAGGAUACGUGGGCUUUGCAAGCCUCCCCAACCAAGUGUACAGGAAGUCUGUGAAGAGGGGCUUUGAGUUCACGCUGAUGGUCGUGGGUGAAUCAGGGCUGGGUAAGUCCACGUUGAUCAACUCUCUGUUCCUCACAGACCUGUACUCUGCAGAAUAUCCUGGACCUUCACAUCGAAUCAAAAAGACUGUGCAGGUGGAGCAGGCCAAGGUUUUAGUAAAGGAAGGCGGCGUCCAGCUGCUGCUCACGAUAGUCGACACCCCAGGGUUUGGAGACGCUGUCGACAACAGCAACUGCUGGCAGCCAAUCAUCGACCACAUAGACAGCAAGUUUGAAGAUUACCUGAACUCAGAAUCACGGGUGAACCGACGACAGAUGCCCGACAGCCGAAUCCACUGCUGCCUGUACUUCAUCGCCCCCUCAGGACACGGACUGAAACCUCUGGACAUUGAGUUCAUGAAGCGGUUGCAUGAGAAAGUCAAUGUCAUCCCACUGAUCGCCAAAGCAGACACGCUCACCCCAGAGGAAUGUCAACAGUUCAAGAAGCAGAUCAUGAGGGAAAUCCAAGAACACAAAAUCAAGAUCUACGAGUUUCCCGAGACGGACGACGAAGAGGAGAACAGGCUGGUGAAGAAGAUCAAGGACAAGUUGCCACUGGCUGUCGUAGGAAGCAACACCAUCAUCGAGGCCAACGGGAAGAGAGUCCGAGGGAGACAGUAUCCGUGGGGAGUAGCAGAAGUUGAAAACAGUGACCACUGUGACUUCACCAUCCUCAGGGACAUGCUCAUCAGAACUCACAUGCAGGACCUGAAGGACGUGACGAACAACGUCCACUAUGAAAACUACCGCAGCAGGAAACUGGCCGCCGUCACCUACAAUGGAGUGGACAACAACAGGGCCAAAGGUCAACUGUGCACCAAACUUGACACAGUUGAAGGAAGGAAUGUAAGUGGUCAUAUUUUUUUUCAAUUUAAGAUCUCUUCCCCCGUCCUCCUUGGCUGUGUUUGGGUUGUUCCUCUCUUCCCUCUUAAGUUUUCCUCUUCAUCAUCAUCCUCCUUCUCUGUGUGUGUGUGUGUGUGCGUGUGUGGGCUACAUGUUUUUUCAGGAACACUGGUGAAAAACUGUGAAUUUUAACAGCUUUACCUCCAAAACCUCUUUUUGGACCAGUAACACAGACCAUAAACUGCAGAGAAACCUAAAAAAUAAUGUUUAAUGUCUGAUUAUAAACACGUCAUUUAUCAAACGUACGUACAGCAGAAAAUAGAGGGUGUGUGCGCACUUUUCCACUCAAAGAUCGCGUUUUAAGCACACAACUCUUUUCAAUUUUUGCACUUUUCAAACCGUGAAAACACAAACAUGAAAAGUCAAGACUUUUCAAGGUUUUUAAGUCCAGGUGGGAAACGACAGAGACACCACAAUACGAUAUUAUCACGAUACGAUAUUAUGACAAUGUUUAAGUCGCGAUACAAUAUAAUCACGAUAUUUAAGUCACGAUAUGAUAUUAUCACGAUAUUUAAGU